AAGAAAGCCAAGAAGAGGAUUGAAGGUGCUAAUUCCAAUGUCUUCUCCAUGUUCGAGCAGGCCCAGAUCCAGGAAUUCAAAGAGGCAUUCACCAUCAUGGAUCAGAACCGGGAUGGCUUCAUUGACAAGGCGGAUCUGAGAGACACAUUUGCUGCCCUCGGGCGCCUGAAUGUGAAAAAUGAGGAGAUUGAUGAGAUGAUAAAGGAGGCCCCUGGUCCGAUCAACUUCACCGUGUUCCUCACUAUGUUUGGGGAGAAACUCAAGGGUGCCGACCCGGAGGAGACGAUCCUGAACGCAUUCAAGGUGUUUGAUCCAGAGGGAAAAGGCCUGAAAUCUGCCUACAUCAAAGAAAUGCUGAUGACGCAGGGCGAGAGGUUUUCCCAGGAAGAGAUCGACCAGAUGUUUGCAGCCUUCCCUCCAGACAUGUCGGGCAACCUGGAUUACAAGAACCUGGUCCAUGUCAUCACACACGGCGAAGAGAAGGACUAGCCCACGCUCAGGGCUGGGGCUGCCACUGGGAGAUCACCUCUCCCCA